UGCUGUAUUUGCACCCAAGCAAAUGUCGGCCUUUCUAGUAGUAUUUGCAGACGGCUAGCGGAACGACACCGUAAGGUCAGGGGAACGAUCCGUAAAUUCUGACUAUUGAUUUUCGUGCUCCAGACAAGGUGCCUUGGUAUUACCCAAAAUCGAAAACGCAAAGAACUUAAUUUCCUCACAGUAUUUUAUGGCCCGAUGCAGCCAAAAGGUAAAAUAUUUAUCUCAACAUUUACUGAGCUUCUUGUCAUGAAUGUGUGGUCAUGAAAAGUAAAAUGUUAUAGUCCUACUCCAUAUUGUUUAUCAAGGUUUACAAAACAGGCUAAGUUCAGGGUAACCACACUAGCCUUUCUAACCGUUUGUUCUUCUGUGUUCUUUUUUUUCCUUCAGGAAUACCGGAUCGACGCGUGACACACGUAUAAACGGGGAUACGAUUAAUGCGCUAGUGCGACCUCGCCAAUAGCGAGUAUAGAUCAGUGACAUGGCUGACGGGCACUGAGAAAUUGGCCGUGAAUAAUAGAGUAUAGCGACAUCAGCAGUAAGACUGCCAAUAAAGUAUCAACGUCUAACAUUAAUAACAAUCAAAGCUAUUUUGGGUACAGCUCUACCAGAAGAUUCUCAGAGCUUUGGAAAAAAUGAACAGUACUAACAGCAGCAACAUGAAUGAAACUGAAGGGUGGACAAAAUCCACCUUUCUUUACGAUGAUCCAAUCACAGCCCUGCUCAUAGUAGCCUACGGACUGGUCUUUCUCCUGUGUAUCAUCGGCAAUAGUGUCGUCUGCGUUGUGAUCAUCAGGACAGCAAGACUCAGGACAGUGACCAACUACUUCAUCCUGAAUCUGGCCGUGAGUGACUUGCUUGUUGGCAUCUUCUGCCUUCCCUUUACGUUGGCGUAUCACAUCUUCAACGAUUUCCAGUUUGAUGAUGCCAUGUGCAAGUUGACUCCUUUUGUGCAAGGUGUUUCCGUCGCUGCUUCAGUCUUCACCUUUCUGAUGAUCGCGUUUGACAGGUACAAGGCAAUUGUCUUCCCUACAGAGCCACGAAUGACGUUGAAGGCCAUGCGGAAAACGCUGGUGGGCGUAUGGAUCUGCGCACUGGCGAUAAGCACCCCACAAAUCUUUGUCAAUAAUAUUGAAGUGUACAGAGAAGGCUCAGAGUCUCUACAUGUUUGCUAUGAGCAAUGGCCAGACGUAGUGUACAAACAGACCUAUACGGUUAUGCUGCUGACGGUAGUGUAUAUAGUGCCCCUUCUGUCUGUGUUGUAUCUAUACGGUAGAAUCUUUCAUCGCAUGAUGUUUAAACCAGGUCCAAGAACAGGGGGGAAUCUCGCAGCCAAUAGAAACAAAUGUACAGGAGCAGUCUCCAAGAAAAGGGUCCGCGUUAUCAAGAUGCUGAUAACAGUUGUUGUUUUGUUUGCUAUGUCGUGGUUACCAUUAUACACUGUGUGGAUGUUGCUGGACUUUGGCAAUUUGCCGAAGGAGACCGAUGCCUUCAUUCAUGUCAACGUUUUCCCAUUUGUUCACUGGUUUGCUCUGUCUAAUAGCUGUGUAAAUCCGAUAGUAUACGGCUUGUUCAACUCAAAUAUUCGGAAGCAUAUCCGCUCGGCGCUUUCUCUGAAAGAUAGCAACGGCCAUUCAAAUAAGACGGAUGGUUUAAGGAUAGCUACCUUGUCACCAGAAGAAGGAAAAACGAGUAGAUCAACAACGCCAACGAUGCGGACUCGACAGACUGUCCUUGUAGAGGAAACACGACUUUAGAAAUCCGGAGGUUCACGAUUCUGAGGACGCGGGUUCAGUGAAAUGUCUUGUGGGUAAUAUGCCAUUAGUAAAGGCUUUCUGAGACACUGUUAAGCAAAUGAUAGUCAAGCUUAACUGUUAGGUCCCCUAACUGUUUACAGUUAGGGGACCUCGCAAUUGACAUAUCAUACCGAGAAGGCAUUCUAAUUUUUUAAAAUCAAAAAACCUUAAAACUAUAGCAGUUGUAAAGAAUAUCGUGAUAGAAACGAAACCUACGCCGUUUGUAUACAAUAUUCAAACUUGCUUUGAAUCAUAUGAAUCUCUAUUGGCACAUAGCUCACACAUUCUUAUCGGGCAUUGGUAUCAUUCUUGUAUACAGAAUGGAAAAAUACUUUUGAAACAUCACUCCUCCAGGGACAAAGGAUUUUUCUGCCAAUCAACAGUCUUAUGUGGUGCGGAUGAUUUGGCAUUUUUCGUCAAAAAUGGCUCACACACAAAUUCUCUCUCUAUAUAUACAUAUUUGAUAGAUAUUUCAACAUAGAUUGUAGCUUGUCACAAUGCAAUGUUGAUUAUAAAAUUACUUAAGGACCAAGUGACAUCUGAAAAACAUGUACAUGUAGGUAACAGUAAGCUGUUAUAGACAACAAAUAUUUUAGCUAAAAGUAACAUGAGUUUCAUGAAGUUAACGCUCAUGUUGAACGACUAUGAUUAGUUCACCCAGCGUUGUCGGCUAGAACUGCAGUAUCUCAUUGUACUGUUAUGUGGUGGAUGUAAGGGAUUUAGCAGGAACUUUCAAGGGCGAGUGCAGCUUGUAAAUGUUUUCAAUUGAUGCAUUUAUAUCUCUUUAUAUCUCUUUGGCAAAAAUCGUGCCAAAUUAAUGUGAUUAAAUCAAAACGGUUAGACUAUUGUACAAUGUAUAUGUUAGUGUGUACAGUGCUUCGUAGAUUUCAAAAUGAUCAAAAUAUAUUGCAUGGUAAAAAGGAAGUAAUUAAAGGGAUCUUGCACACAAUUCUGUUCAUGUCCUGCUUGGUUUUCAUUAAA